AUGCCUUCCAUCAAUCGUGCGGCAUGGCUUCAUGUGAAAGGAGAGAAGUUGCAAGUAGGAGAUGCAGCGAUGCCUGAGCCAGGCGAAGGCGAGGUCGUGAUCCGCAACAAAGCGAUCGCAAUCAACCCAGUCUCAAACAAGAUCCAGGACAUCGGCAUCAUAGUCCAACAGUGGCCAACCAUCCUGGACUACGACGUUUCAGGCGAAGUCCACGCUGUUGGGCCCGGCGUCGAGAACGUCCAGCAAGGCGACCGGGUGGUAGCUUUCGUAUUUGGACCAUACGGUGGCGAUCCCAGAUUCGGGGCUUACCAACUGUACUCCGUCGCUCGUGCCGAAAAGACCAAGAAGCUACCAGACGACGUGACUUUGACCGACGCCAGCGUGCUUCCAGUGGGAUUCAAUACGGCCAUUGUCGGCCUCUGUGGUCCUCCAGGGCAAGGGCUAGGUUUGCCACUCCCAUCGCUGAGCCCAGAGCCUUCCGGAAAAACCCUCGUCAUCUGGGGAGCAAGCUCUGCCGUUGGGCUGCAAUCUCUGCAAGUUGCCAGAGCCGCUGGCGUGACGACCAUCGCUAUCGCCAGUCCGCACAACUUCGAUCUCUGUCGGUCUUGCGGAGCGGCGGAACUUUUCGACUACCAUCAAGCUUCCGUGGUUGACGAUGUUGUCAAAGCAGUCAAAGCGUCGAAUGGAGAAUUCGCCGGUGUGCUUGACUGCAUCUCGCUGCCGGAAGACUCGUACAAGUUCUGCAUCCCGAUCCUGGAGGCACUGGGUGGAGGCUUGUUAGGAGUGCUUGACCCUCAGGCGAGACUCGAGGUCUCUGAAAACAUCAAAGUGGUCAAAAUCAUGGGCAUGAAUGAGAUGACGGAUGCGGUUUGGGAUGAGUAUCUCAUACCUGCGCUUCGGGAGGGUAAACAUAGAUGCCUGCCAGAGCCGCUGCUCGCCGGCGAAGGGUUGGAGUCAUUGCAGAAAGGCAUGGAUAUCUUGAAAAAGGGCGUCAGUGCGAAGAAGAUGGUGGUAACGCUUUGA